AUGCAGUUUCUGCGCCUCCUUCGCCGUCCCUCCCCCGGACGCGGCGACGAUAACGCUCUUCACGUCCAUGAAGUCGAACUUGGACAGCCUCCGCCAGUCCCGUGUGCGCAACGCCUCGACGAAGAACCCCGUCGUGAUAACAAUGGAGAUGAACAUGACAGUAUAGAUAUACCGCGGCGUGCCGAAGGCGUAGGCGGGCGACUGAAUUACGACGGGAGUUGGAGCAGUGUCUUGCAGCAGCAUGAUCUGGGCCGAGGCAAAAGCAACCAUGGCGUCGUCUAUGAUCGCCGUCAGGACGGCCUCGAUGCCAGCGAGACUGCUGGCGUUGUUCACUCCUUGCGUGGCUUGUAUCAAGUACCUUCACAUUAUACAAUUUCCUUCUUUUGUCUACACCAAUCUAUCUCGCUCCACAAAUCGAAAUGGAACAUGAAGAACCGAAUGCGUCAGACUUUAUCACAAAAUUGCGCUCCAAUGACAACAUGGUUGAAAAAGAAGGAGAAACCUAGAAUGCUGCUCAAAAUGAAGCAUAUCUCUAUCACUACAUGCAGAAACUCUAUGAAGCAGAAACUGAAGUACAAAAGGCUGAAAGAUAUCCAAGGAAGAGAUGUUCCACUCUUUCUUGGGCGCGUCACAAUGCCAGGGUAUUCUUCACAGAGCAUGGCAGUUAGCAAGUAUGUUGACUGUCCUGGGAUUCUCUUACAGUAUAUUGAAGGGUUUCCUUUAACCGAUCCCGCCUCGUAUGCUCCGAAAGAGACAUGGCAAAAUAUCUGUGAAGAUGCCAUUCGUAUUGUGAACAUCAUCGGGGAUCGAGACACCCUCAACGAAGAUGUCAAACCAAGGAAUUUCAUUGUGCACAAGGAACCGGUUGGCAGUCACUUUAAAGUAUUUAUGAUUGACUUCGCGUUGUGCAAGUUCCGCAGGCAGGAUCAGGAUGAACAAGACUGGAGGGAAUGGAAAGCAAUGCAAGACGAAGAAGGUGCAGUGGGGUAUGUCAUGCAGAGGUACUUGACAGGGGGCUUUAUUUAUCAUCGAUCUGCCAGAUAUUUGAAAUUGGACGAGGAAUUCAAGAUGGAGGAAGAAUGA